GGCUCCAAUCCCUUUCGGCAUCUGGAGAAGAGUGCUGUCUUACAGGAGGCACGUUUAUUCAAUGAAACACCCAUCAACCCAAGAAGAUGUUUGCAUAUUCUUACAAAGAUUCUUUACUUACUGAACCAGGGUGAGCACUUUGGAACUACAGAAGCCACAGAAGCCUUCUUUGCAAUGACUCGAUUGUUUCAAUCUAAUGAUCAAACAUUGAGAAGAAUGUGUUACCUUACCAUCAAAGAAAUGGCUAACAUCUCUGAAGAUGUGAUAAUUGUUACAAGCAGUCUGACUAAGGACAUGACUGGAAAGGAAGAUGUGUACCGAGGCCCAGCCAUAAGGGCGCUCUGCAGAAUCACUGAUGGAACAAUGUUGCAGGCCAUUGAAAGAUACAUGAAGCAGGCCAUUGUGGAUAAAGUGUCCAGUGUGUCCAGCUCAGCCCUGGUCUCUUCCUUACACAUGAUGAAGAUAAGCUAUGAUGUGGUUAAGCGAUGGGUCAAUGAAGCCCAAGAAGCUGCUUCAAGUGAUAAUAUUAUGGUCCAGUACCAUGCCUUGGGAGUCCUGUAUCACCUUAAAAAGAACGAUCGCCUUGCUGUUUCUAAGAUGCUGAAUAAAUUUACUAAAUCAGGUCUGAAAUCACAAUUUGCCUACUGUAUGCUGAUCCGAAUUGCCAGUCGCUUACUAAAAGAAAAUGAAGAGGGCCAUGAAAGUCCACUUUUUGAUUUCAUUGAAAGCUGCUUGAGAAAUAAACACGAAAUGGUUAUUUAUGAAGCUGCUUCAGCUGUCAUCCACCUUCCCAGCUGUACUGCAAGGGAGCUCGCACCUGCUGUUUCAGUUCUGCAGCUUUUCUGUAGCUCUCCUAAGCCAGCUUUGAGAUAUGCUGCUGUGAGAACUUUGAAUAAGGUGGCUAUGAAACACCCUUCUGCUGUUACUGCCUGCAAUCUGGACUUAGAAAACUUAAUCACCGACUCCAACAGAAGCAUUGCCACCUUGGCCAUCACUACACUCCUCAAAACAGGCAGUGAGAGCAGCGUGGACAGGCUCAUGAAGCAGAUAUCUUCUUUUGUGUCUGAAAUUUCAGAUGAGUUCAAGGUGGUGGUCGUACAGGCGAUCAGCGCGCUCUGUCAGAAAUACCCACGGAAGCACGGCGUCAUGAUGGCCUUCCUGUCCAACAUGCUCCGCGACGACGGAGGCUUUGAGUACAAGCGGGCCAUCGUGGACUGCAUCAUCAGCAUCGUGGAGGAGAACCCCGAGAGUAAAGAGGCGGGCCUCGCCCACCUCUGUGAAUUUAUUGAGGACUGUGAACACACUGUUCUGGCUACUAAGAUUCUACACUUGCUGGGCAAAGAGGGCCCCAGAACACCGGUCCCCUCCAAGUACAUCCGCUUUAUUUUUAAUAGGGUGGUCCUGGAGAACGAGGCUGUGAGAGCUGCUGCUGUGAGUGCUUUGGCUAAAUUUGGGGCUCAGAAUGAGAAUCUACUCCCAAGCAUCCUGGUACUAUUACAAAGGUGUAUGAUGGAUACUGAUGAUGAGGUGCGAGACAGAGCCACCUUCUAUCUGAACGUGCUACAGCAGAGGCAGAUGGCCCUGAACGCUACAUACAUCUUCAAUGGUCUGACGGUCUCUGUACCAGGCAUGGAAAAAGCCUUACACCAGUACACACUGGAACCUUCAGAAAAACCCUUUGACAUGAAAUCAGUUCCUCUUGCUAUGACUCCUGUCUUUGAACAGAAAGCAGAAAUCACUCUUGUGACUACUAAGCCCGAGAAGUUGGCUCCUUCCAGGCAGGACAUUUUCCAAGAACAACUGGCUGCCAUUCCUGAGUUUAUGAACCUAGGACCCUUGUUCAAAUCUUCCGAGCCUGUUCAACUUACAGAAGCAGAGACGGAGUAUUUUGUGCGUUGUGUCAAGCAUAUGUUUACAAACCACAUUGUGUUCCAGUUUGACUGCACCAACACGCUCAAUGACCAGCUGCUGGAGAAAGUGACCGUGCAGGUGGAGCCGUCCGAGUCCUGUGAGGUGCUGUGCUGCGUCCCGGCCCCCAGCCUCCCUUACAAUCAGCCAGGAAUAUGUUACACGCUUGUUCGCCUGCCUGAUGAUGAUGCAACAGCAGCUGCCAGCACGUUCAGCUGCACCAUGAAGUUCACUGUUCGAGACUGCGACCCUGACACUGGGGUUCCAGCUGAGGAGGGUUAUGAUGAUGAGUAUGUGCUAGAAGAUCUUGAAGUGACUGUGUCUGAUCACAUUCAGAAAGUACUGAAGCCUAACUUUGCUGCUGCCUGGGAAGAGGUGGGAGAGACUUUUGAGAAAGAAGAGACCUUUGCCCUCAGUUCCACCAAAACUCUUGAAGAAGCUGUCAACAACAUCAUCACAUUUCUGGGCAUGCAGCCAUGUGAGAGAUCAGACAAAGUCCCUGAGAACAAGAAUUCCCAUUCCCUCUACCUGGCAGGUGUAUACAGAGGUGGCUAUGAUUUAUUGGUGAGGUCCAGGCUGGCCUUAGCAGAUGGAGUGACCAUGCAAGUGACUGUCAGAAGCAAAGAGGGAACACCUGUAGAUGUUAUCUUGGCUUCUUUUGGUUAAGUUUUUACUGGGCAAGGUGAAGUCGGUGUACACGUCACUGUACAUGACGUGGGGCUUUUAGGCUAGUGGCAUGAAUUCCCCAGAAUCAUAAUUUUUAAAGGUUGACUUUGGAGAAGCAAAUUAAAUGUUUGGCCCUGAGCCAGCAGAUCAAGCAAAUGUCUGUCCUUCUGCAUGCCUCUUCCCCCUCCCUUUUCUCCCUUUUAAUUACACAUGGUCAUUGUUGGUAUGAUAGUACAGCUUUGAGUGACCUUGAAAAGCAAAUACUAUCCUCUACCCCAGCUGCUUAACUUCACUACAUGCUUUAAUUUAACGUGUCUCUGAAAGCUCCUAGCAAUGCUGGAAAAGUUUUAUCCCAGAGGGGUGGUGGGGGAGGGGAAGCCAGAGUCCACUUUUGUCAAAAUUCAUUUUUAUUAAUAGAAAAUAAACACUUAUUCCAGUUUCA